AUGAGUGAUCCGAAGAUCGCAACCUCCUCCGCGUAUCUCGUCCACGUGCAACUACCGAUCCCGCUAUUUCCGGAUCUGAACGGUCGAAAGCGAGAUUCUCGUUUGACUCGUUCAAACUCAGCUUGCGGACUUGACUCCGUCGAGCUAGAGCUCGACUUCGUCUUCACAAGUAGCUCGGACAGUAAACAGCUGGAUUUUGGACAAGGAUAUUUGGUGGGCUCGAGGUCAUUUACUGGGCCUGAGUGGACUUAUCUUGACCUUAAGGGGUACAACAUCCCUGACGAGAUCGAACUCGUGGUCUCGACAGAGUCAGAAGAUCUUGAGCAUGUUAGGCCGGGAUAUUGCUGUGCUUUUAAAGCUUACUUUGAGAGCUGCAGGAUGAUCUUUCCCGUCCCUCGACUUUUAUUGGAGGUUUUAGCUCACCUAAGGAUGGCUUUUCCUCAGAUGCAUCCGAAUUUCGUUCGACACGUUAUCACAUGUGCAGUUCGAGCUCGAGAGAAGAAUAUAAUUCUCGACGCUAGAGAUGUGAAGAAGUUAUUCUCGGUUAAGCACAAUACCAGAUUCCAGGGGUCGUUUUAUACCUCGCCGAGGACGAACCGUCAUGUUCUGACGAACACUCCGAUCACGAUUCUAGUUGGAGCAACGAGUCAUUCUUUUUCAAAUUCAAUUGAGCUUCCGUUGGGGAGUUCAAUUUCGACAAACAUCCAAAAGAAUGGGCCACUAGGGUUGGUUAGCUUUCCGACCACUUUCGUGCUUUUAGUUCUUGAAUCGGAUUCGGUUACCAAGUUUUGCGGACUGAUAACCUUUGGUUUAUUGCAGUUUGCGAGUCAGUGCCGAAUAACUCGUCGAUCGAAUAUCUGGUGGCUAGACUCGGGAGAGAGAAGACAAAUUGGAAUAUGUUCACGUCGGAACGGAUUCGUCAAGUCCUCUCGUCUGAUCGUUCCACCUCGGGAUAAUGGAGAUGUGGGGGUUCCCCAGAUCGCGGUCGGAUCUUCUUUUCGCGAUGGAAUAACAGAACGAUCUCCUCAUGUUGCUACAGAGGGUAAUACCCAUGUGACUCCUCCGAGACGAAAUAUCUUGGUGAGCUCGAGUAGCGAGCAAUCGGAAAGGAGCUCCAAGAGAGCAAGAGAUGGUAAUCGGACUCCGAUCCAAACAAACGAUCGGAGCUCCUUGAACAAACGAUCCGAACCGGAGGUCAGCUCGUCGUCCCGAUUGGCAUUUGAUCGUUUGAAGAGCGUUCCAGAUUUUGAUAAUUUUGAAACGUCCAUGUCGCGCCAAUGCAAGCCUACCGCUCUCGAGGCGCACAAGACGAGUCUUGUUUCCUCGUCUAACUGGGGAAAGACAAGUCUUGGAGGCCGAGAAGGUUCAAGCCGUUCGUCGAGCUGA